AUGUAUCCUGCAGCUCUGCUUCUCUCUGCUACUCUGCUACUCUCUGAGAUCCUUCGUCUUCGACUGAGUCUGGCCAGUUACAAAGUCAGGACCGGUCAGACCUGUGUCCCGCUGGCUGAUCUGGUCGUCAAGCCUCUACCUCUUACUGGCCCCCUGCCAGGGAAGUCGAUCAGCAACGAUGACGGCGGCGGCGACGACGACGACGACGACGGCCAGCAGCCGGAUGCCGGUGCCGACAACGACGUUGGUGACGGUCCCAUGGAUAGGCAACCGUGCGCAGAGAGAGAGUUGUCCGACUGA